AUGCAAGCUUUAAAAGCUCUAGGAGCGGCUGCUCCUUCUACAGUUUUAUCUGUUGUGAAAAAUGGAGCCUUUGCACCUGUUGUGAAUCAAAUCCGUCAGACCCAUUUACCAGCACCAAACCCAAAAGAAAAAAGGCCGUAUUCUCCUUUCCAAAAUACUAAUAAUGUCGCUGAAUAUGCCGUUGCGAGAUUGGAUGACCUAUUAAACUGGGGAAGAAAGGGUUCUAUAUGGCCCAUGACGUUUGGUUUAGCUUGUUGUGCUGUAGAGAUGAUGCAUAUUGCUGCUCCACGAUAUGAUAUGGACAGAUAUGGUGUAGUAUUCAGAGCAUCACCCCGUCAAUCUGAUGUUAUGAUUGUUGCUGGAACUUUGACAAAUAAAAUGGCUCCAGCUUUAAGGAAAGUUUAUGAUCAAAUGCCCGAUCCCAGAUGGGUAAUUUCAAUGGGGAGUUGUGCAAAUGGAGGUGGUUACUAUCACUAUUCUUACUCUGUUGUGAGAGGUUGUGACCGCAUUGUGCCAGUUGACAUAUAUGUACCUGGAUGUCCACCAACUGCCGAAGCUUUACUAUAUGGAGUUCUGCAAUUACAAAAGAAGGUCAAGAGAAUGAAAACUAUCCAAGUGUGGUACAGAAAAUAUUUUCAUGUAAAUAAACAAGCAGUAGUUUACAGUGGGGCGCGCGGCGCGCCCGUGAUCUCGUCCUAUAUUGCACAUGACACUCGGCGGCGCUCGCCCCGUCCGUCCCUCGCGCGGCGGGCGGCGGGCGGCGGCCGUCCCCUCGCAAGCGACGUUACAAUAAAUAAUUCUCUAAACCGA